AUGUCCUCGCCCCUUCCAUACUCCAUGAUUUUCAUUGCCACAACCAGGAACAAGUCAUACAUCAACAUGAACGCCACAAGGAAGUCCAGUCUCAUUGAGAUCAAUGUUCUCGCACGCUCCGCCCGUGUCAAGAUGGUCCAAGAAUGCAGACGACCAGACAUGGAUCUGAGACACGUUGUCGGUCAUGCCAACUUCCUAGAUCACCUGAAGAAUGUCACACUACAAGCACAUCUCGAGAUCAUCCAAGAAAAGCCGACACCAAAGAAGCAACCAGAACCCGAAAUCGUCUAUGAAUCAGUGGAGUGCGAGGAGGACGACGACAUGGCCAUGGCUUUCGAGUCAACACCCUACUCAAGCUCACAAUCAGUCAUCACUGUCGAGGAACCCGACUCAGACGACUCAAAUAGCGACAACUCAGAUUCAGAUGAAGAGUUCUCGCCCCUCACGAGGUCUAAGCCUAUUGCCAUUCCUCAGUCAAAGGUCUCGGUCACAGCAGUUGAGGUGUGUUGA